AUGGCGGCGCUUCCGGCCCCGCUGCCCUCAGCGAAAAUGGCGGCCGUGGAGAAGCGGCGGCCGGCGAUGGUCCCGGCGGCCAGCUUCCCCGACGGCGGCCGCCCAGCUGUGUCUAGGGCGGCGGCGACGGCCGAAAGCGAGGAGGACUUCCUGCGGCAGGUCGGUGUGACGGACAUGCUGCGCGCCGCGCUGCUCAAGGUGCUAGAGGCGCGGCCCGAGGAGCCCAUCGCCUUCCUGGCGCACUACUUCGAGAACAUGGGCCUGCGCUCGCCCGCCAGCGGCGGCGCCGGGGAGCCCCCGGGCCAGCUUCUGCUUCAGCAGCAGCGCCUGGGCCGCGCGCUUUGGCACCUCCGCCUGGCCCAUCAUUCCCAGAGGUCGGCCUUCAACACCAACGUGGGCGUGGCGUACGAGUGCCUGAGCGCGGGCGGGCGCCGCAAACGGCCCGGGCUGGACGGGCGCACCUACAGCGACCUGCUGCGGCGAAUCUGCCGCGACGGCGAGGCCCCGGAGGAGGUGGUGGCGCCGCUGCUGCGCCGAAUCCAGUGCCGCGACCACGAGGCCGUGCCGCUGGCCGUGUUCCGCGCCGGCAUGCUCACCUGCUUCGUGCUGCUUGAGUUCGUGGCGCGGGCGGGCGCGCUCUACCGCCUGCUGGAGGACCCGGGGCUGGCGGUGGCCGACCGGCGCGUGGGCCAGGCCGUGCUGGACACGCUCGAGGGCGCCUUGCAGGCUGGCGACGGAGCGCCCGCGCGCUACCUGGAGGCUGGUUCGCGCCUGGGCCCCGACAGCCUGGCGCAGGCCCUGGACCGCGCCCUGGGCGCCCGGCGGCCCAGCCAUCCCAUGACCCGAGAGGAGUUCUUGCAGAAAGCGGCUGCACUCUUCAUCGCCAAGGUCAAGCCGGUGGGCUGAACCCUCCUCACUCCUUCCCGACAGCCGUGGCCAGGCCUCGGGUCUCCUGCAUGCAGGGGGAGGCGUAGGGAGUCCUCCCGGACGCAGCUCCCCCACCUGGAAUGCCUUGCCCCGCUGGAGGCCAAAGGUCCCGAGAAACGAGCCCCCACCCUCCCUCUUGAAGCAAUAAAGUCUGUUCCCACGCUGA